GAGAUAGAGUGGAGAGAAAGAGGGACGAGAUUGGGGUGCUUGGGAAAUUUACUAUUGAAAACUUUCUAAUACUCCGAAAGAUUACGGUUAAAAUAAAAAAAUUAGACGAGGCUGAAAAUGAUAAGGAAUGGAGGAGAAUAGCCGAGGAGUUAUUAGCAAAGCAAAAAGAACAAAUUGACAAACUACUUAAAGAGGUUGAAAAAUUAGAACAAGAAAAUAAAGAAAAAGACCAAAGAAUUAAAGAGUUGGAACAAAAUCAAAUCAUCUCUACUAAUUUAAACAAAUUGGAGGAAAGCGAAAGAAGUUUAGAAGCACAAAUG